CUUUGCGAUGGGCUGGCGGCAGCGGCGGCCGGACAGCAGCGGGGGCCGACGCGGGGCUCGCAGCUAAGGGGCGAGGAGGAGGGACCAUGGCCGCAUCCAGUAACUCCAGUUUGUCCGGCUCGUCGGUUUCCUCCGAUGCUGAAGAAUACCAGCCUCCAAUAUGGAAAUCAUACUUGUAUCAAUUGCAACAAGAGGCACCACGUCCCAAGAGAAUCAUCUGUCCUCGGGAGGUGGAGAACAGACCAAAGUAUUAUGGAAGAGAGUUUCACGGGAUCAUUUCUCGGGAGCAAGCAGAUGAAAUACUUGCUGGUGUAGAAGGAGCAUAUAUUCUUAGAGAAAGCCAGCGGCAACCCGGCUGCUACACCCUUGCUCUCAGAUUUGGUAAUCAGACCUUAAACUACAGGUUGUUCUACGAUGGGAAGCACUUUGUUGGGGAGAAGAGAUUUGAAUCAAUCCAUGAUCUGGUUACAGAUGGCUUGAUAACAUUGUACAUAGAAACAAAGGCUUCUGAGUAUAUUUCCAAAAUGACAACAAACCCCAUAUAUGAGCACAUUGGAUAUGCCACUUUGCUUAGAGAAAAAGUGUCCCGGAGGCUGAGCAGAACAAAAAAUGAAUCAAGAAAAGCAAGUGUAACGAGUGAAGAAAAUACUCCAGUUGAAAAGAUCACCUCCCUGGUCAGAAGAGCAGCCUUAACUCAGAACGACAACCACUUCAACUAUGAAAAAGCACACAAUUUUAAGGUCCAUACGUUUCGAGGUCCGCACUGGUGUGAGUACUGCGCCAACUUCAUGUGGGGUCUCAUCGCUCAGGGAGUGAGGUGUUCAGACUGCGGGUUGAAUGUACACAAGCAGUGCUCCAAGUACGUGCCCAACGACUGCCAGCCAGACCUGAAGAGGAUAAAGCGAGUCUACUGCUGCGACCUCACCACGCUGGUGAAAGCCCACAACACCCAGAGGCCCAUGGUGGUGGAUUCCUGCAUCCGGGAGAUCGAAGCGAGAGGUUUAAAGUCCGAGGGCCUCUAUAGAGUUUCAGGCUUCACUGAGCACAUUGAAGAUGUGAAGAUGGCCUUUGAUCGAGAUGGUGACAAGGCUGAUAUUUCUGCCAGUAUUUAUCCAGACAUAAACAUCAUUGCUGGAGCACUGAAGCUAUAUUUCAGAGACUUACCAAUUCCUGUGAUCACCUAUGACACCUAUUCCAAGUUCAUAGAGGCAGCAAAAAUCUCCAAUCCUGAUGAACGACUAGAAGCAAUACAUGAAGUGUUGAUGUUGCUCCCUGCUGCUCACUAUGAGACACUUAGAUACCUAAUGAUUCAUCUCAAAAAGGUUACCUUGCAUGAAAAGGAGAAUUUUAUGAAUGCUGAAAACCUGGGAAUAGUGUUUGGACCUACUUUAAUGAGACCUCCAGAGGACAGUACCCUUGCUACACUGAAUGACAUGCGGUACCAGAAGUUAAUUGUGCAGAUUUUAAUAGAAAAUGAAGAUGUUCUCUUCUAGUCAGAGAGGCAUAUCUUCAAAGCCAUUUGUUUUAAGAUAAUUAGUCUGAAGUAAAACAUUUCUUUAAAUUUUUUUAAACAGAAAGGAAGAGUUCCUUGACUGCACUUCAAUUUCUGCAAAGUUGCAGAUGGAUGCCAAAAUGUUUAGGGAAAGCCUAUGUCUCAUAGACAUAUGCCUCUUUGUAGAAGGGAAAAAGAAGGUCAGAAAAAAUCCUCUUACCUUGUAUCUUCUGCCUUGCCUCAGAUGUAUAUUUGUUUUGAAAGUUUCAAACAAUUUUAUUGUUAACUUAUUAAGAAACACAAAACAUAUUUUAAUAUGGCUAGAGAAGCAAAAAGGUACUUAAUCAGUGUUACUUGUAUAUGCCUAUACCUUUCCUUCUUCAUGAGACGUAAUUAUAUAUGUCAAUUGUGAAACAGAACCUAUAUUAUAAAGAUAUUUUUACUUUACCUAGCUGAAAGAAUGGCAUUUUAUUUUAGCAAACUAUACAUCAAUGCGGUGCAUUGAUUAUUUUCACGUAAUUAUUUCCUGCAUUUUUGCUAUGAUAUAUUGAAAACAAUUGCCAGUAAUGCAGUAUUAUCCUGACAUACCUCUUCCCUUGCAAGUGUUUUAAAGGAGAAUACAUUUCUUGUGCAUAUUUCAGCUUUCCUUAGAUUUCUUUGCAUUUAGGCACUAGCACCCUAGGAUUGUACACUUCCAGCCAUUUGCUAUUUCCCAAAACAUAUAGUAUAUUCUCUUUUUUUUUGGUUUUUUUUUUUCUCCCAUGUGAAAUAAGGUCUUGAGAAUUGUUUUCAAAGUCCUGGUGGUAGUAUCAGUUUCACAUGCCAGAUUUUUUCUUGGAUUACAGUAAUAUAUAAGUUACGUGAUGCUGGGACACUGGAUAUUUUCUGGCCUUGUUGAAAGUCAGCACUUUUUUCGGUGAAUGAUGAAGGAUUUGGUUUUUCUGUAAAAAUUGACUUAUGUUUUGUCAUGUUUCUCUAUUUAUAAAUGUACAGUAAAUCUGCUAAAAUUGUAGGUAUUUAUCUUGAAUGUGUUUCCUGAUGGUUUGUUAGAAAAAAAAAAAAAAGAAAGACAGAAUGUGUAGGACAUGUGGGAGCUGGUAAAUUUAAUUAUUACCAAAUUUUAAUAUUUUUCUCCCCUCACAAACAUUGACCUACAGAGUUUGUAGUCUAACUGCAACUUAUUCCUGAUGUUAAAACUGUUUCUCAGCAUGAAAUGUUUCUGCAAGCAUAAAAAAUCAACAUACUUUACUACCAAACUCAAUUUUCAGUAAAAAAAAAUUCUAAUACUCCCUCAUCUUGAUCAUUUGUAUCAUAUGCUUGGUAACUCAGUGAUGCAGUUUCCUGAAUUAUUUCAGGGAGCACAUGUUUCUAUUCAAAUUGAAAAAUAUGUGUAACUAUGAUAAUGAAGAGAGGUAGAGGGUAUGACUGUAAAUUUGUCAUCUUCUAGAGAAAUAACUAAGGGCUAGAUAGAUUAACCCAGAUUGCAGAGCAGGUGCUAAAUAGUCUGAGUUCCCAAUACUUCCAUAGAUCUUUCUGCCUUGUACAGGACUAUUUGUUGUAGGUUAUGUACUACUUAAUACUGUCAUAAAAAUGAUCUGGAAAUGGUUUUAUUUUGUGAAGUGAAAUAUGCUUUGUAAUUUAUGAUAGUGUAAAUGGAAGGAAAAAUCCCAUUAAAUGUGUUAAAAGAGUU